AUACACAGUUGCAUUCUGGGAGAAAUGAUUGACAGAGCGGCCAUUUUCCCGCUGGACGAUUCGUUCCCAUUGUGGAUACGAGGAAGAAAAUACUGACACGACUAGACAAGCUGAAUAUUUCUCAUACCUUUUAAGGUCACUUAUCUAUUAGCUGAAUUCCAGGAGCCAUGGCCCGUACCAAGCAGACUGCCCGUAAGUCCACUGGAGGCAAAGCCCCCCGUAAGCAGCUGGCCACCAAGGCUGCCCGUAAGAGUGCCCCGUCAACUGGAGGCGUCAAGAAGCCUCAUCGCUACAGGCCCGGUACCGUGGCCCUGCGUGAGAUCCGUCGGUACCAGAAGUCCACUGAGCUGCUGAUCCGUAAGCUGCCCUUCCAGCGCCUGGUGAGGGAGAUCGCCCAGGACUUCAAGACCGACCUGCGCUUCCAGAGUGCUGCCAUCGGAGCUCUGCAGGAGGCCAGUGAGGCUUACCUGGUUGGUCUGUUUGAGGACACCAACCUGUGCGCCAUCCACGCCAAGCGUGUCACCAUCAUGCCCAAAGACAUCCAGCUGGCACGCCGCAUCCGUGGGGAGCGCGCUUAAGAAGACGCCAUCUUGCUUUUAUCUAUCAUCCUAUCUACUCCUUUCCUCCCCAUACCAGUCUGUCUUCCCCCUCCUCUCCUUCUCUCCUCCUUAUUCUCCUCCCUCUCUUCUCGGUAGUGUGUAGAGAAACAAUGAUUAUGAUCAUAAGAAUAAAGUGUAUAGUUGUGUUUUCUUAGUGCUCAAUGCAGCAGUCUUCUAGGGUACUCUUUUUGUGCAUGUAACUGCUGGUGGCUGAUCGGACAUCCUCUCUCACACACACACACACUCAGAUGCUAGCAGUGUACAGUAGAGGUGGAGGAGAUAGAAUCGUGUAAUCAGUGCGAGAGAGCAGCUAGAAAUGGGUUAGAGUGGUGUGAGGGAGGGAGGGGUGCAGCGUUAGAGAGGCAGUACAGAGGCAGACGGGGGCAGGUGUCUGUCUGUUUGGGAGGCUAUUUUCCCUUCGCAUGGUGCUACAACAACUGCCCUAGUCCCUCUUCCUGCUCCCCUCCCCUACCAGCCAUGGAGGCAGUAGAUGGGUCCUAGCUUCCACUAACCCCAGGACCUUGGUUAGAUUUGAACACUGAUAUGUUCAAGCUGGAUGGUCGUCACAGAAACAUGCCCUCAUAAAGGGCUUUCACGAUGACCACCAUCUUGCUUGUCCAAAUCUGUCAGUUUUGAUACAUCGUUGUAGAGAGGUCGAAGGUCAUGAGCAGGCCAGGGUCCAGUGCUGCUUCUGAGCAGGUGCUGCAGGUCUGUCUCCAGCUGCCCUCCACUCCCCACUGUGGUGUGUGUUUCUGAGGACUCAGAUCAGCUCCGAAGAUUGUAUACAAUUCUCAACAUCUCUGGAGAAAUUAUUAUUAGUACAAUAUUGAUCAUUGCUCCCAUUGGUUAUGAUCAUCAAAAUAGUCUUCAGUCUUCAUUUUUUUUUUCUUUGUUGAAAUGCUUUUGACAUGCUUUUUUCAUAGCAGGCAAUUAUUUGUGAAUGAAAGUAAGAUGGGGGGAAAUGAUUGAAUAUUACAUUUUUCUACAGAAAACUACAACAGAUUUGCUGUAUUGUGUCUCUAGCUGUAAAAGCUUCUGGUGGGUUCUGAACCCCAGAGAAAAUCAUGUCAAGAUGAUCUAGCAUGUGUAGCUCCUACUCUGUCCUCUAUGUAACGUUAUAUCUCCAAUUGGCUUCAAUGACAAAGGACUUCAAGCCAAAGUUCUGAAAACUUUCCUUGAAGAAUGUACUUGAAAAUCUAUCCUGUGAUAUUUUUAUAUAGGGCCUACAACAUAUACAAAACGACCACUUAGGUCCACAAAGAACCAAAAAAAGAAAAAAAUCAUUGAUGAACAGUAACAUUUGACAAAUGAGGUAUUUCAAUGAUUAUGUCUGUUAAUGGUCUGUAUUUCAAGACUGACCUCUCCUCCCUUCUCUUCUCUUUUCCAAAUACAUCUAUCAGUGUACUAGUUCUCAGGUUGAAGUGUCACCCCCACCUCUUAACUCUGUCAUUUUAUUGUUUUUCUGAAUUUGAUUUAAAAUGUUACAACAAAGUUUCAAUAAAAAGGAUGUUUGUAAUUUC